AUGGGGCUGGGCCGGCUGGCGGUUGGGGGACGGUUGGCGGUUGGGGGGCGGUUGCUGCGCGGCUGCUGGCGGGCGGCGGCGGUUCUUCCUCCUCCUCCUCUUCCUUCUCCUCCCGCUCUGGGCGCGACCCCCGGGCCGCCGCCCGCCCGCCCGCUCAGCGCCGCGCUGGGGCUGCGGGCUGCGCAGCGGCCGCCGGGCAGGGCCGGGCCUCCGCGGGCGGGCGGCGGUGAGAGGGAGGAGGAGGAGGAGGAGGAUGAAGAGGAGGAUGAAGAGGAGGAGGAGGAGCUGGAGGAGCUGCUGCUGGGCCCCCCGCCGCUGGCGGUGGGGGAGCAGCGCGUGGCCCUGGUGCAGCCGGCGGUGAAGUGGGGCCCCAGGAAGAAGUCGCCGCUCACCACGGCUGAAUUGCAGGUUGCUGAAGCUGUGGCUCUUGUAGAUACCCUUCAGAACUGGACAGUUUUAGAUAAAAUAAUUAUUCCUACAAAAAAUCCUGAUAAGAAGUUAAUUUUUGGCAAAGGAAACUUUCAGGUUUUGACAGAAAAGCUUAAAAAAUUGCCCCAGUUGACAGCUGUCUUCUUGAAUGUGGAAAGAAUAUCUUCACUAACAAAGAAAGAACUGGAAGAUGCCUGGGGCGUGAAAGUCUUUGACAGAUACACAGUCGUACUUCACAUUUUUCGUUGUAAUGCCCGGACCAGAGAAGCAAAACUUCAGAUAGCAUUGGCUGAAAUUCCACUUCUCAGGUCAAAUCUGAAAAAUGAGGUGUCUCGGCUAGAUCAGCAGAGAGGUGGCUCGAGAUACAUUAUGGGCUCAGGUGAAACAUUCAUGGAGACACAGCAUCGUAUCUUGAAAGAAAAAGAGCUUAAAAUUAGGAGUGCCCUGGAGAAACUAAGAAGAAAAAGGUGUUUACUUAGAACUCAGCGCAGAAAACGCGAGUUCCCGGUUGUGUCAGUAAUGGGCUAUACUAAUUGUGGAAAAACUACCUUGAUCAAAGCCUUAACUGGGGAAGCAGGACUUCAACCACGAGAUCAACUGUUUGCCACUCUUGAUAUUACAGCCCAUGCUGGCUACCUGCCCUCACACAUGGCUGUUAUUUAUGUUGACACAAUUGGAUUUCUGACUGAUCUCCCACAUAAUCUGGUUGAGUCCUUUUCAGCUACAUUAGAAGAAGUAGCUUACUCAGAUCUAAUAGUUCAUGUGAGGGAUAUUACUCACCCAGAAACCAUCCUCCAGAAAGCAACUGUUCUGUCAGUUCUGAAGAAUCUCAAUCUUCCCAGCCAUCUACUGGACUCAAUGGUAGAAGUUCAUAACAAAGUGGACUUAGUAGAAAGGUACAAACCAACUGAAGAAAAUGCUUUAGCCAUUUCUGCUCUACAGGGACAUGGUUUAGAAGAGCUGAAAGAAGAAAUAGAGAAAAAAAUUUUGAUAGCCACAGGGAAGAAGAUUGUGACAGUUCAUGUCAACUUAGAAGGACCUCAGCUAAGUUGGCUCUAUAAAGAAGCAACAGUCCAGGAAGUAGAAGUCAUGCCUGAAGAUGGCACAGCCAGGGUGAAAGUGAUAAUUGGCAAUUCUGCUUUUGGCAGAUACAAAAACCUCUUUCCUAACAGUAAGAUUUUUAUGCCAUGAAACGGCAUCCUUUGCUAGAAAAAGAAAGCAAUCUCAUGAAGAGGAUGUGAAAUGAAGUUAAUGACCUGUUAGCCUGGGUGUUGAAGAGUGUACUUCUUCCCUAGCUGAUGUUUGUGAUGCAUUUUAGAAAUGGACACUGCUUCACAGAACUUCUGUUUGGAAACAGAGCGCUGAGCUUCAUUCCAUCAGCAACUGCAAGGACAGCACUGAAUUUUCAGUGAUUAAACAUUGUUGGCUAUAAGCUGUGGACCUCAAACACAUGGAAAUCACUGGAUGGCAUCUGAGUUAAUCAAGUUUCUUUACAUUAUAUAAAGCUUUUUACCCCACUUUUCAGAAUAAAACAUUAUUUAUUAUA